AUGAGCCACUCAAGAGACGCCAUUGCAUCCAAGCAAUCCCUCGUUCUUGACUUGCCUCCCAGCUGCAUCGAGUUCUGCUUGUCACACCCGGAAUAUUUCGUGGUCGGAACCUACAACUUAGUCAAGGACGAGGAACCACUGGAUGAGUCAGUGAAUGCAGAACCCUCUGUCGCCAAGAAGACUCAAAACCGCAACGGCAGUCUCAUUGUGUUUCGACUAGAAAACGGCGUAGUGUAA